CAAAAUCUCCGGAAUUUGCCCCAAAAUCCGGCGGGGGGAGGGGCGGCGGCGGCGCCAUGGAGGGCGCCGAGCCCCAGGGCCUGGUGCUGGUGCUGACGGGCGGCGCGGGGUUCCUGGGCUCCCACCUGGUGCAGGUGCUGCUGGAGGCGGCGCCGGAGCUUCGGGAGCUGCGGAUCCUCGACCUCGAGCCCGACCCCGCCACGGUCCCGGAGCGCCACCGUGAUCGGGUGCGGCUGCUCCGCGGGGACGUCUCCCGGCUCGCCUCCCUCGGCCCCGCCAUGGCCGGCGCCGGGGCCGUGCUCCACAGCGGUUUUCGGGGUGGUUUCAGGCAGUUUUUGGGGUGGUUUCAGGCUGUUUUUGGGGUGGUUUCAGGCUGUUUUGGGGGUGCUUUUGCAGGCACCAAGAACGUGAUCCGGGCCUGCCGGGCCGCGGGGGUGCCGGUGCUGAUCUACACCAGCAGCAUGGAGGUGGUGGGGCCCAACACCCGCGGGGACCCCUUCGUCAGGGGGGACGAGGAGACGCCGUACCCCACGCGGCACUCGGAGCCGUACCCGCUCAGCAAGGCCCAGGCCGAGCGCCUCGUCCUCGAGGCCAACGGGAAACCCGUGGCGGGCGGGGCCCGGCUGGUGACGCUGGCGCUGCGCCCCACGGGGAUUUUUGGGGAGCGGCACCCCCUGCUGGAGCUCUUCUACCGGCGGGGGAGGGGCCUGGGGGGGAGGGUCCCCCGGAGCCUCCCCCAGAACGCCGAGCACGCCCGCGUGUACGCAGGCAACGUGGCCUGGAUGCACGUGCUGGCCUGA